AGGGGGGAAGUGGAGGGCUUUGUGUCCUGUUGCUAGGGGAAGGAGUGGAUGUGCGGAGUCGUUUGCUUGUGCCCGGUUAGCCCACGCCUGCAUUCCUUUCACCCUGUAGUGUGAGACCCAGUGACCCCUCUGUAGCAGGGUUCUUGGGGAGCCUGCAGUCUUACCACCACCACCACACGCAACCCACCUGCCCCACCAAGACCUGCUGCUCUUCUGAAGGCCCCUCUUAUUGGGUGGGGGUGUGUGUCACUCGAUCGAUCCCUACAUAACCCCUGCCCACCGCGACAAAUGCGAUUUCAUGCACAAACACAAUAAGUGUCUUUUCUCCACAAACGCUUUUUUUUUUUUAAACUUACUGUGAAGGGUAGUACAGACCAUGGUGAAGCUGGCUGCCAAAUGCAUCGUGGCAGGUGAUUCAACAGUGGGGAAGACUGCCUUGGUCCAGAUGUUCUGCAAUGAUGGGGCCCAUUUCCAGAAAAACUAUACAUUGACAGCAGGAGUGGAAGUGCUGAUAAAGACUGUACCUAUCCCAGAGACAAGUGAUAGUGUGGAACUAUUCCUCUUUGACUCAGCAGGCAAGGAACUGUUUUCUGAGAUGCUGGAGAAACUGUGGGAGCAACCAAAUGCCUUGUGUAUUGUAUAUGAUGUCACCAACGAACAAUCUUUCAGUAACUGUGUCAAGUGGCUAGAGAGGCUGAGGGCCCAGACCUCUGGAAUGCACAUCCCAGGGGUGCUAGUGGGCAACAAGAUCGAUUUGACUGAAAGACGAGUUGUGGAGCAGAAACAAGCACAAGAGUGGGCAGAGACCAAUGGCCUAGAAUACUGUGAGAUGUCAGUAAAAGAGAUGGAGAACUAUGAAGCUCCUUUUCAUGUUGUGGCAAAAUCCUUCCAUCGAAUGUACAAAGAGAGAGUGGAAGCUUUUCACUCACUUGUGUGAAGUGCUGAGUAUAUUAUGCUUGGUGUGUUUCUUUUCUUUGAACCUGAAAAUAAUCAGAUGUUGAACAGUCGCAAACAAAAUAGUAUGGAAAUGGAGGUUAGGUUCAUAUUUUCUUAUGACCAUCACAUUUCAGUAAUCCUGCCUAAACCAAAAAGAAACCUACAGAAGGAGACCUUGUUCAAAGUUGUUUCAAGUCUCAUCUGUCCAUUACCUGCUCUGUAACCGUGUGUGUGUGUGUGAGAGAGAGAGAGAGAGAGAGAGAGAGAGAAUUAAGCAUGAUUGUGCUUUUCAGAUAUUAUGAAAUGUGUAUACAAUUCUAUGAUGGUGAAAAAUUUCCAAAAUAAAUCUAAUCUAGAAAGAUGA